AAAAAGCCUGCAGAAAUUAUUUCAUUGCACGACUAGAAUCCACCGGAGUGCACCAUCGUGACAGUCGCAGUCUUCAUCUUGUUCUAUAAAACAAGUUGCUCCUUCAUUAUCACCUUCUUUCCAUGAAGCACACCAGAAUUCUUCGGGCCCAGCACGCGAAGAUGCGUCGCCGCCGCCCGGAACGGGCACAGGGGGACUUUCCGGUUUACGCCCGCGCGAAGCCGCUCCCGGCACCGGUGGACUUGGAUCGCAUUCCCAGCGACCUGCAGCGGCAGUUGAGCAAGCCCCCGCGGCGGCUGAAACCCCACGAGGUGGGGGGUGCUAGCGGAGGGGUAAAAAGUGCAGUUGUUGACGAGGAAAGAAACGGGAGUCCUCAUCUUCUUGCUUUUCAAGGCAACUCCACGUCGUCGUUUUUGCACAGUGGUAUGAUGAAAAACAAGGAAAGCCGCGCAGGACCGCGUGGAGUCGACUACCAUUCCACCGCCGAC